GGUGCUGCCGGGUCGGCGGGGAGGAGGGCCGGGCGCCGCCAUGGCGCUGCCGCCGCGCUGAGGUACCCCGCCAUGGCCGGGGCCAUCGCGUCCCGCAUGAGCUUCAGCUCGCUCAAGAGGAAGCAGCCCAAGACGUUCACCGUGCGCAUCGCCACCAUGGACGCCGAGAUGGAGUUCAGCUGCGAGGUGAAGUGGAAAGGGAAGGACCUGUUUGAUCUGGUGUGCAGGACACUCGGGCUCCGGGAAACCUGGUUCUUUGGGCUUCAGUACACUAUCAAGGAUACGGUGGCUUGGCUUAAAAUGGACAAGAAGGUUCUGGAUCACGAUGUUCCAACAGAGGAGCCCGUCACCUUUCACUUCCUGGCCAAAUUUUAUCCUGAGAAUGCAGAGGAGGAGCUGGUCCAGGAAAUCACACAACACUUGUUCUUCCUGCAGGUGAAGAAGCAGAUUUUGGAUGAGAAGAUCUACUGUCCUCCUGAAGCCUCUGUCCUGCUGGCCUCAUACGCUGUCCAAGCCAAGUAUGGCGAUUACGAUCCCAAUGUGCACAAGCGAGGCUUCCUGGCACAAGAGGAGCUGCUCCCAAAGCGGGUGAUAAACCUGUACCAGAUGACUCCGGAGAUGUGGGAGGAGAGGAUAACAGCCUGGUAUGCAGAGCACCGGGGCAGAGCGAGAGAUGAAGCUGAAAUGGAGUAUUUGAAGAUAGCUCAGGACUUGGAGAUGUAUGGAGUGAACUAUUUUGCUAUUAGGAACAAAAAGGGCACCGAGCUGCUCCUUGGAGUGGAUGCCUUGGGUCUUCACAUUUAUGACCCAGACAACAGGUUGACCCCUAAAAUCUCCUUCCCAUGGAACGAGAUCCGCAAUAUCUCAUACAGCGAUAAAGAGUUUACCAUUAAGCCAUUGGACAAAAAGAUUGAUGUUUUUAAAUUCAAUUCAUCAAAGCUGCGUGUGAAUAAGCUGAUUCUUCAGCUGUGCAUUGGAAACCACGACCUCUUCAUGAGGAGGAGGAAGGCAGACUCGUUGGAGGUCCAGCAGAUGAAAGCACAGGCCAGGGAGGAGAAAGCCAGGAAGCAGAUGGAACGGCAGCGCCUGGCCCGAGAGAAGCAAAUGAGGGAAGAGGCUGAAAGGAAAAGGGAUGAGCUGGAGAGACGGUUGAUGCAGUUAAAGGAAGAGGCAACAAUGGCCAAUGAGGCUCUGAUGAGGUCCGAAGAGACAGCAGACUUGCUGGCCGAGAAGGCGCAGAUCACGGAGGAGGAGGCCAAGCUCCUGGCUCAGAAGGCAGCCGAGGCUGAGCAGGAGAUGCAGCGGAUCAAAGCCACGGCCAUCCGGACGGAGGAGGAGAAGCGGCUGAUGGAGCAGAAGGUGCUGGAGGCAGAGAUGUUGGCACUGAAAAUGGCCGAGGAGUCGGAGAGGAGGGCGAAGGAGGCUGAUCAGCUGAAGCAGGAUCUUCAGGAGGCCCGUGAGUCUGAGCGGAGAGCGAAGCAGAAGCUGUUGGAGAUCACCAGCAAGUCAUCAUACACACAGUCUAUGAACUCAAGUACAACAGCACUGCCUACUGACCUGCCAAGCUUCAACCUCAUCAGUGAGAGCCUGUCUUUUGACUUCAAGGAUACUGACAUGAAGAGGCUUUCGAUGGAAAUAGAGAAAGAGAAGGUGGAGUACAUGGAGAAGAGCAAACACCUCCAGGAGCAGCUGAACGAGCUGAAGACUGAAAUUGAGGCACUGAAGCUAAAGGAGAGGGAGACAGCUCUGGAUAUAUUGCACAACGAGAACGCCAGCCGGGGCAACAGCAAGCACAACACUAUCAAAAAGCCUCAAGCCCAGGGCAGAAGACCUAUCUGCAUUUGAGACUUCCAACUCACCCUCCAGAGCACCAAGUCCCGCGUGGCCUUCUUCGAGGAGCUGUAGGGAGCGACCCGUGCUCCGCACCGCCGCUGCCACCGGCAAUUCCCUUGGGAUCGAGUGCCCAGCCGGGGCUGGGAGCCGGGCAUCACCCCCGGGGCACACCGACGGACAGGGGGCCCGCUGCCCGCGGACUCUGCGAUGCUCUCUGCCUUAGCAUCCCUCCAUCCAUCCCCCUCUUCUGCCCUUUCUUUCCAGCCUUUUCCUUACUUUCCCAGUGUAGUCCUUUGGCUCGGAGACACACA